ACAUGUCAUUAACUUUCUCGUCCACUCUUAGACGACGUCGAGUCGGUUCUCAACAAGAGGAAAAAGCAAGAAAAAGAACUCGCGCUGUUUUUCCUUUUCUUCUACGUUAUUCAACUCUCAGAUCGUAUUCAUGCCUGUGUGAUGUGGUCCCUGAAAGAAGGCCUUAAGUAUCAAGUUCAAGCCAUAAAAGCUGCUCUUACACCAACCAUUUUCACGUCCAAUCAACUCAUUCACCUGUACUCCAAACAUGGCCUUCUGCGUGAAGCUCGCAGACUGUUCGAAGAAAUGCCUGAACGAAACGUCUUCUCUUGGAAUGCAAUAAUCUCCGCGUAUAUAAAAUCAAAAAACUUGACACAAGCGCGAGCAUUAUUUGAUGGUGCUUCCCAAAGAGAUUUGGUUACGUAUAAUUCAAUGUUAUCCGGGUAUGUAAGUGCUGAUGGGUAUGAUUAUGAAGAUCAGGCACUCAAGUUGUUUAUUGACAUGCAGUCGGCACGUGAGGGGAUUGGAUUUGAUGAGUUUACUCUCACGACGAUGCUUAACUUGGCUGCCAAGCUAAGUGUGGUAUCAUAUGGGAGGCAGUUACAUUCUUAUAUGGUGAAAAGUGCUAACGAUUUAAGCAGGUUUGCGGUUAGCUCUCUUAUAGAUAUGUAUUCUAAAUGUGGUUGUUUUGAAGAAGCAUUGUGUGUGUCUAGUGGAUGUGGUAGUGGGGUGGUUGAUUUGGUUUCCAAGAAUGCAAUGGUGGCAGCUUGCUGUAGGGAAGGCAAAUUGGAGAUGGCUUUGGAUAUUUUUUUGAGAGAUCCCGAGUUAAAUGACACGGUUUCUUGGAACACAUUGAUCUCGGGAUACACUAACGUUGGUUGUGAGGAGGAGUCGUUGAGGUUGUUUGUUCGUAUGGCUGAGAGUGGCUUUAGAUGGAAUGAACAUACUUUUGCGAGUGUUUUGAGUGCUUGCUCAGGGCUGAAAAGUAUGAAGCUUGGAAAGGAAGUCCAUGCUUGGGUUUUGAAAAAUGGGUUGAGUUUCAAUCCAUUUAUAAGCAGUGGCAUUGUUGAUGUCUACUGCAAGUGUGCGAAUAUGAAAUACGCAGAGUCAGUUCAUGCAGCAAUUGGGAUUGAAAACUCCUUUGCAAUCACUUCGAUGAUUGUGGGGCAUGCAUCACAAGGCAACAUGGUAGAAGCCCGAAGGCUUUUUGAUUCAUUACCAGAGAAGAAUUUUGUUGUCUGGACAGCUUUAUUUUCAGGUUAUGUCAGAUCACAGCAAUGUGAAGCUGCAAUUGGACUUUGGCAUGAGUUUAAAGCUAAGGAAGAAACUGUUCCUGAUGCUUUGAUCCUCGUCAGUUUGCUCAGCACUUGUGCAAUACAAGCUGCCCUGGGGCCUGGAAAGCAGAUUCAUGCUUAUGUACUAAGAGUGGGGAUUGGGAUGGAUGAGAAGCUGAUCACUGCUUUGGUUGAUAUGUACUCAAAAUGUGGGAAGAUCGCAUAUUCAGAAAAGAUUUUCCAAAGAGUUAUUGUCAGAGAUUCAGUGCUUUACAAUGUAAUGAUAGCUGGUUAUGCUCACCACGGGCAUGAAAAUCAAGCUAUCCUGCUUUUUAGGGAAAUGGUGGAGAGAGGUUUCAAACCUGAUGCAGUUACCUUUGUUGCACUUCUAUCAGCUUGUCGUCAUUGUGGAUUAGUAGAACAGGGUGAGGAGUUCUUCCAUUCCAUGAGAAAAGACUAUAACAUAUUGCCUGAAAUUGACCACUAUGCAUGUAUGAUUGAUCUGUACGGAAGGGCUACUCAACUAGAAAAGGCUAUAGCUUUCAUAAGAACGAUUCCAAUAAAACUGGAUGCUGUAAUCUUGGGGGCAUUUCUUAAUGCUUGUAGGAUAAAUGGAAAUACAGUACUUGCUAGAGAGGCAGAGGAGAAACUACUAAAAAGUGCAGGAGAUGACGGCGCUCGGUAUGUUCAGUUGGCCAAUGUCUAUGCUGCAGAGGGCAAUUGGGAUGAGAUGGGGAGAAUAAGGAAGAAGAUGAGAGGGAAGGAGGUCAAGAAGCUUGCUGGUUGCAGCUGGGUAUACUUGGAAAACAGAGUUCACACAUUCACUUCUAGUGAUAUGUCUCACCCUAAAACAGAGGAUAUGUAUAAAACCUUAGCCUUCUUGACUGAAGAACUAUAUGAAAUAUCCAGGACAUCACUUUGAGGUCAUCUUCAAAUUUCAGCAUGACAACAUGAUUGAUUUCAGAUGCUUUUGGAUAUAGAAAUUCCUGGUCUAGUUGGAUGUGGAAAAACUAAGAGACCGCCAUUCAUUUUCAAAAGAAUUUCAGCUGGAAACAUUUUCGGCAUUGACUCAUACGGAAAAUUAGUCACGGCAAUCGUAACGGCAAUGGCAGUGACAAUGGCUUCCGACGACCUCGGCGUUGGAGACAAUUACCAGCAACUUUUGAAGACCUCAGGCAACGGUGGCUAGUGGCAGUAGAAAAUGAACGGUAAGAAAGAGUGUGUGCGAGAAGGAA